AUGAAUCCGCGCGGGUUCCCCUCCAGCGCGUACUCGCGCGCUCACGCGCGCGAGCACGCGCCGAACCUGCGUCGCCUGAGAGGCCUCGGCGCGUGCCUCGCGAACGCGACCGGCGUCCUCGCGUUUCGCCGCCUCGACGCCAACCCGAGACUCGCCGAUCUCGUCGUCGUCCUCGCGCUCGCGGUCGCCGCGCUCGUCGCGUUCGCGCACGUCGUCGACCGCUCGCUCUCCCGCGUCGCCCCGGACCUCCACGCCGCGAUCGCGGACGUCCCGAGAGUCGCGUCGGAGCGCGUGAGCGCGGCGAUCGUGCCGAGCGUGGAGUACUCCACGCUGCGGCAGCAUUGGAACACCGGCCUGUCCGCGGCGGCGUGGAAAGUGGAGCGGCUCGCGCACGCGCUCGAUCCGAAGUCGUGGAAAGACCACGGGCCCCUUCGCGAUGAGUACGGGCACCUCACGUUCGACGCGCAGUGUCAGGCGCUGAUGAGGGACGGGAUCGAUCCGGGGUGGCCGCUGGCGCGGCCGAGCGACGCGCCAGACGGGAUGGACGGAUCGCCGUUCGCCGACGCGAAGGCGCUGUGCGAUUACAUGAACGCGUUACCGGAGAAGCUCAAGGUGUACACGUUCGCGCUCCCUUCCAAGCUCGAGCGGCGGUAUCAGCUCGCGCGGUUAGCGCCGACGUUUAACCGCGCGUACGACGUCGAAGCGCACGUGAUCGGGGCGUUGGGGAAGCCGCCGUUCGCGACGACGCACGUCGGCGAGGCGACGGCGUUUUUGUUUCCGAACCGCCCCUACCUCGACAGAGUCGCCGACUAUCCGGACAACGGCCGCAACGCCGUCAAAGCGUCGCUCGCCGUCGUCGUGGAGCACGCGAAGGCGACGGAACCGUGGGCGUGGGAGAAGUCCGAGAAGCAAGGGGGGUGUUCGAGGGUGUUCGUGAACGCGCACGACCAGGGCACCGAGGCGCUGUUUAGCGAAGGAUUCCGCGGCGAUAAGCUCGCGACGAGGACCGUCGCGGUCGUCGCGACCGCGGACACGACGACCUGGGAGAACGUCAACCUCACGCUCGACGUGAACCGAACCCUGGACUCGCCCUUCUCGCGCGAGAAGGACGUCUCGAUGGUGUGCUCGCUGUCGUUUCACUUGCCGGCGGACGCGAUUCACCUCGGGGCGAUCGCGCCGUUGCCGACGCCGGGGACGGGGGGCGAGCGGCGACAACGUAACGCGACGACGACGACGACGACGACGGAGCGCCUCGAGAACGAGGACGACCGCCCGAUAUCGCUCGCGUUUCGCGGCAACUCGCGCGGGUUUCUUCGACAGCGCGUCAUCCCCGCGCUCCGCAGCCUGAACCGCACGGACUGGGACCUCGAUUCGGACGGCGCGACGACGCCGUCUGGGUACAUGAAACUCCUCGCGCGAUCGAAGUUUUGCCUCCACGUCCGAGGCACGCGCGUGUACGCCCCGCGACUCGUCGAGGCGAUGCUCUUCGGGUGCGUCCCCGUGAUCAUCGCGGACGGGUACGACCUCCCGCUGUCGUGGUUCCUGGACUGGGACGCGUUCAGCGUUCGCAUGACCGAGAGAGAGGGCGUCAACGCGACGCGGGCGGCGGAGAUUGUCGACGCCGCCGACUGGAGAGAGAAGCACGAGGCGCUUCGACGCGUCGUCGGGUUUUUCAUGUAUCACGAUCCGCCCGUGUUCGGGGACGCGCUUUGGGCGACCGCCGCGGGGAUCGAGCGGCAGAUUAGCAGAGGGAGGGCGUGCGAGAACGCGACCGCCCGCGUGCUGUAGCGAGCGAGGAGUCUCAUCAGAGGCGCCGACGAGUGAUGAGGAGUUUAUCCUGGAACAGCAACAUUUUUC